UUUGUUUUGAUUAACAGGUUGUCUUUUCGCGUGAAUUGAAGCAAGCACCUCGGGUGAAAAACCCCAUAAAACAAGUGGCACUCAUUGGGAUUUACUGAAACGCGUACAGUCUGUGUUAAUAAUGACCGUGUCGACUUGAUAGCGGCGCUGUUGUUGACAAAGAUGCUUUUCUCUCAAAGAUAAGCUAACGUUAGCUGUCUGGUAGCGUAUCUUUGGUAACAACAUGACGGUGAUGGGGAGCGGUGUGUAGGAGCGACCGACCAGACAUUGGAUCGCCCCGAUUUCCUGCUUGUCAAUCACACAUCUCCAGGAUUAUCAUGUCUGUGUGUCUGGACACAGUCGACACGGCUUUCUAAACCAAAACAAACAAAACUGCCUUCAUCUAACCAAGUUAUCUGCAUGUGGUCUUUAAAAUUCAGCUAUUGUGAUACUGUGACUUUUUCAAAUAACGUCUUAGCUACAUUUUUCGGACCUCAUGCCAAUUCACUUACGAUCUUCAGUAAUUAAAGUCAAUACGUGUUUGUAGUGUUGGGUAUUUUCAUCACUUUCUUUCAAUGGGCGAAGAAAAGCCAGACACGCUUGACUUUGUGAAGGAUUUCCAGGAGUAUCUGAGCCAGCAGACCCAGCAUGUCAACAUGAUAUCAGGCUCUGUCAGCGGCGUCAAGGAGGCGGACGAGCUGCCACCAGACUGUGGUCAGAAUGGACUGGAUCACCCCUCAGUGGAAAUGUCUCUGGAGGACAGCUCAGGGAUCUUAGUGGAUGGUUUUGAGAGGACCUAUGAUGGAAAGCUCAAGUGCCGCUACUGCAACUAUGCUACCAGAGGCACAGCGAGACUCAUUGAGCACAUCCGAAUUCACACAGGAGAGAAACCUCAUCGCUGCCAUCUCUGCCCAUUUGCUUCGGCCUAUGAGCGCCACCUAGAGGCCCACAUGCGAUCUCACACGGGCGAGAAGCCUUAUAAGUGUGAGCUGUGCUCUUUCCGCUGCAGUGACCGUAGCAACCUGUCGCACCAUCGCCGUCGACGCCACAAACUGCUGCCAAUGAAAGGUGCGCGCUCACUCUCCCACAAGAAGAUGCUGAGUGUUUUACAGAAGAAAGCCAGCUCACUGGGCUAUGGCCGCCGGCUCCUCAUCAACUUCAGCCCCCCUUCUAUGGUGGUGCACAAAGCUGACAAUGUGAACGACUUCUCCCAUGAGCUGCCCCACUUACGCCAAGAGUCGUAUGAUAAUCAGGGUCGCACAAUCGACGAUGGGCACUCCACAAAUCACCAUCACCAAGACAUGGUUAUGGAAAACCCUCUGAAUCAGCUGUCCACCCUGGCAGGCCAGUUGGCGAGUCUCCCUUCAGAGUCCCAGGCCCAGAAUCAACCCCCCAUGUCUCCAGGAGCAGAGUCUAUCGUUGAUGAGAAGCCUUUCCUCAUCCAGCAGCCCCACCCUGCCACAGCUCCUGUAGUUGUCUCAGCCAGCAUGGCCCACGCCUCCUGCUCGUCCCCAAUCACCCCAGAGCCCAGGGGCCCCCCCCACAUCACCUGCAGCCCUGGGAGGGGACCCUGCAGCGAGCACAGUGGGCGCACAAGUACCCCCAGUGUCUCCAACAGCCAACCCAGUACGCCGGCCCCAGGCCUGUCUGUCCCACUCCAGGACCUCCACAUGCUGCAUCACUGCCAGCACUGUGACAUCUACUUUCCCGACAACAUCCUCUACACUAUCCACAUGGGCUGCCACGGCUACGAGAAACCAUUCCAGUGCAACAUCUGCGGCCACAAGAGCAAGAGCAAGUAUGACUUCGCCUGCCACUUUGCCCGCGGACAGCACAAGUGAUGGAACAAAAAACAACUUUUAUUGGACAGCCUUGUUUUAUUAAUUCCAUAGUUAUAUUAUUUAUUGGUCUUUGACUUGGCCUUGAUGUAGCCUAGCCUUUGAAAGUUGUACUUAUAAAAUGGCAACAUUCAGAUGGUUUCAUUUUGUAUACCUGUAGGUGCCCAUUCAAGUGUAUUAUGAGGGGAUGAUCAGUGUUUUCCACUGGUUGAGAAUGUAUUUGUAGUAAAGGAGGGAUUUACAUUUACACACUGUUGUAAAUCAGAAAAAAAGAUUCUCUAUUUAGCUGAACCAAUUCACCAUAUGUUAUGUAAUAGACGACCAAAUUCCUAAUACAUGUGAAAAGAAAUUGCCUUUUGAAUUUUUAAAAUGCAUAACUCGUGUGACCUUAACCUUUCACAUAUGUAAUUCCAAUGCGAUACCAUGCAACACUAUGGUAGCUGACAAAAAAAGCCUUAUGAAUUACCUUAGAAAAAUGGUCAACAUGUUCCAGGUUUGGGAUUUAGAGUAAAAUGGCUAAAACACGGACCGAAUACAGGUGUGAUCUUUUUGGUAUAGGAAAAGAUAUCACACAUUAAAUUGGCUUCCACUUUUAACAGCAUGUCCCUUUUUAGCUAAAUAAAAAUACAUUCUCAACCCUACUGGAGCUAUUUCUAAAGGUUGAUCGGAUGUUAUUGACACAGCAGUGAACCUGUUGGCCUUGAGUGAUUUUACUAAAGCCUUGUUGAAAUUAUUUCAUUAUUUAGUGCAUUACUUCUAUUUCUUUGCAGUGCCUGACAUAGUCACCUUAAUUGGUCCAAGAUACUGUAUAGAGGACUGUUACUUCUUUACAUAUUAAUAGAUAUUAUUACAAUAUCCUGUUUCUACUUAACGUAAAGGGCCUGGAACCUUAGAAAAAAGUGUGGGCCUUUGUAAUUAUUUGUUGGUAGCCAUGAUUUGUUUUUGCCAAAAUCCUGCUCCAAGAUUGCUGCUAAAAAAACGUUGGAAUAUAUUUAUGGCAUUCACAGUAAAUGAUGGCCAACGUUUGUAACUGUGGUUUGUGAUCUGAUUUGUCAAACUACAUGUUGUAGACGUCGGGAGUUCCUUCACACAGUGCCCUUCCUUGACCAGCAUCAUGGUCACAUCACUUGUUUUUGUUUAAAUGGUUUUG